CAAACCAGUUGCGAGACUGAGGCGUGGGGAUUGAAUUAUACACUGUUUUUAAUUCAACACUGUGGAACUCAAUCAAUUUGCUGUUUUGUCAUUCAACAGAUAAGGUUUGAAUAAUUGAACUGAUAGUGAGAGAAAUUACGAAGACGACUGAAAUCGAACAACGAGGAUGUUUAAAAAAUUUGAUGAAAAGGAAAAUGUUUCCAACUGUAUCCAGCUGAAAACCUCAGUAAUCAAAGGCAUCAAGAAUCAGCUGCUGGACCAGUUUCCAGAAAUCGACCCAUGGCUCAAUCAGAUCAUGCCAAAAAAGGAUCCUGUUAAGAUCGUCAGAUGUCAUGAACAUAUUGAAAUCCUCACAGUGAAUGGAGAGCUCCUCUUCUUCAGACAGAGGGAGGGUCCGUUCUUUCCCACUCUCAGACUUCUACACAAAUAUCCCUUCAUACUUCCACAUCAACAAGUAGAUAAAGGAGCUAUCAAAUUUGUUCUGAGUGGAGCCAAUAUCAUGUGUCCAGGACUGACUUCACCAGGAGCCAAACUCUAUCCCGCUGAAGUCGACAAAGUUGUCGCUAUAAUGGCUGAGGGCAAACAGCACGCGCUCUGUGUCGGAGUCAUGAAAAUGUCGGCAGAGAACAUAGAGAAAGUUAACAAGGGAAUUGGAAUUGAAAACGUCCACUAUCUGAAUGACGGACUUUGGCACAUGAAGACUUACAAGUGAUGACUGAUGUUACAUCGUGAAAAGCAAGCACCAGGCCGCCUUGUCUACUGUUUACACCAAUGGACUGUACUGUGUACCUAACUGGAUGUUUGACUUCAUUUCCACUGUCAUGCACAAAUAAAAUAUGCUUCAAGUCAUUUUCCAUUCUUAAAUGGUAUUUCACGAAUUGGCCUAAAAUUUCCGUCACAGUCCUAAGUUACCCAACUAUGAAGGGUCGCUCUUAACAUUCCACUGAAUUCCAGUUGUUUAGGAUUACAACUUUCAAUAGUACUAAAAGAGUUGGGAUGGCAGGAAAAGAUGACAUUUUCCACUUUUUAGUUAAAAUUUAAUUUUAA